GUCAUUUUGCCUAGAAAGAUAAGUCGGGCAGUUCUUCAUUUGUUAGCAAACACUAUAACAAAACUAGACAGCAUAUGACGCUGUAUGGUAAAACUCUGUAUCUAUUUGCAAGAUGACAUGGAUAAUAUUUAUGAUAACAAUCAUCUCCUCAUUUAUUACAUACAAACCUUUGUGUACAUUUAGCAGUAGCAUCUCCCUGUUACCAUUUGUUUCUUUACAUGGCAGGUCUUAUCAUUCAUCCCAGAAGAGUGACCAUCUAAUUCUUUUUGUUGUUUUUGUUAUCUCGUCUUACUUUAUAAUAUACCCCUACUUGUAUGACAUUACUUACAAAGCACCUUAGGCAAUGUUAAUUGGGUGCAUAUAUUAAAAACUGUAUUCAUGGCAGCUUUUUCUCCAAGUCAUUGUUGUACAUGCUUUUUCUAUGAGUGAUUCGGUAGCUGUGUAGAGUUUGCAGUAUAGGGCGGU